AAAAAAAAAAAGAAUAGCAACAAAAACACUUUUUGGGCCACUGGCCAAAGGCGGCACUAAACGUUGCAUGCUGCACCGUGGGAUCACAGUCCGCAGUCAUCAAGCAUUCUAUAGAUACGCCAUAGAGCAUUAUCACCUACCACACAGCAAGACGAGACGUGGCAAGACGAGAGAGACGAGCCAAGGGGAGUGUAAAUCGAUCGAUUUGGCACGAUGAGCAGCCAGCAGCGGACGGUGAUUAUUUUCAAAUCAGAAUCGGAAAGUACAGAUGUGUAUGCGGAGACCUUGCUGGGUCACAAUUUUCGGCCACUGUUCGUGCCGACACUGAGCUUCGGUUUCAAGAAUCUUGAGCAGCUGAGCGCCAAGCUGCAGACGCCGGACAAAUAUGCUGGCAUCAUCUUUACAAGUCCACGUUGCGUGGAAGCGGUGGCCGAGUCCCUGCAGCUGGCCGAGCUGCCCGGUGGUUGGAAACUGUUGCAUAACUAUGCCGUCGGCGAGGUUACGCACAAUCUGGCGAUGAGCACACUGCAACAGCUCUUCACUCAUGGCAAACAGACGGGAAACGCACGCAAUUUGGGCGAUUUCAUUGUGGACACGUUCGAUGGGUCGAGAAAUUUGCCGCUGCUGUUACCGUGCGGCAAUCUGGCUACGGACACAUUGCUCUCCAAGCUGGCGGAGAACGGUUUCUGUGUGGACGCCUGCGAGGUGUACGAGACAAAGUGCAGUCCCCAGCUGGCCGAGUGCAUGGAGCGUGCUUUGAAGGCGGAGAACAUUGAGUUUCUCGCCUUCUUCUCGCCGUCGGGUGUCAACUGUGCGAAUGAGUACUUCAAGGCGCACAACAUUGCACCGAAUCAGUGGAAGCUGGUGGCAAUUGGGCCGAGCACGCGGCGAGCCCUCGAAUCCCUAGGACUAAAGGUCUUUUGCACCGCUGAGCGACCGACUGUGGAGCAUUUGGUGAAGGUGCUGCUUAAUCCGCAGGAAAGUCGCGAGCGCUUGGUUCGCGACAUGGAACACAAGGAUCUAGCCUAAUUUAGUUAUAGUGUUUUUGUUUUUAUUUUGUUUUCUUAUGAUUUUUUCUUUUAGGAUCGACCACAUAUUUCUAUCUUGUUCUAUGUGUGACCUAGAUGAGUACAAAAUUAGUGAGCCCAACAUGAAAUGUUGCGCAUUUUAAGUUAUUUUUGAUGCCCGAUACUCACACCUCGAUUGAAGCUAAAUAAAUUGAUUUUUUUCAUGUCUAAAUUUA